GUUUCUCAUUGCGCGGCUGAAGAUCUCACCUUGUGCUAUUUGCGGGGUGAAGAGCCGGACAGUUCUGCUAUCUCUUUCUUUGCGUGACGAUUCACAGCGCAGGAACCGAAUCAUGAAAUCUCUCCUUUUUCUUGCACUUACUAUUAAUCUGACAUCAGCAGCGUCCCACUCUCUGCAGUACUUCUACACUGCAGUAACUCCAGGAAUAAACUUCCCAGAGUUCUCUGUGGUUGGUCUGGUGGAUGGAGAGCAGUUUGUGUACUAUGACAGUAACAUCAGGAAGAUGAUCCCCAAAACAGAGUGGAUGGAGAAGAGUGAUGCUGAUGAUCCAGAUUACUGGAACAGUGAGACUCAGAUUAGUCAGAGUCAUCAGGAGACCUUCAAAGUUAACGUGGCUACAGCAAUGCAGCGCGUCAACCAGACUGCAGGAGUUCACACAGUGCAGUGGAUGUACGGCUGUGAACUGCAUGAUGAUGGAACCAAGAGAGGAUACAUGCAGUUCAGUUAUGAUGGAGAAGACUUCAUCAGUCUGGAUCUGAACACUGAAACCUGGACUGCAGCCAACGUUAGAGCUGUUAUUACCAAACAGAAGUGGGAGGGUCUGCGUGAAGCAGCUAAACAGAGGGCCUACCUGGAGAACACCUGUAUUGAGUGGUUACUGAAGUAUGUGGGUUACGGCAGAUCCACUCUGGAGAGGAAAGUCCCUCCUGAAGUGGACCUGUUCCAGAAGGACUCUUCUUCUCCAGUGGUGUGUCAUGCUACAGGUUUCUUCCCCAAAUCAGUGAUGAUCUCCUGGCAGAAGAAUGGAGAGGAUCUGCAUGAGGAGGUGGAGCUCAGAGAGACGCUACCCAACCAGGAUGGAACCUUCCAGAAGAGGAGUGUUCUGACUGUCUCACCUGAGGAGCUGAACAGGAACCAGUACAGCUGCAUCAUUCAGCACAGCAGCCUGGAGAAGGAAAUAGUGCUGCAGAUGUCUGAUCUCAGAAUCCGUCAAGAGAGGACGUACAGAGGAGGACAAUGA